AUGCUAUUGUCUUCUUGGGCGGGGUCUGCAAUUUUGCUUUUCAUCUUCCGUUAUCUUCGAUUGGUUGUCAACCUCAUCUCCAAUUGGACAUACAAACCGACCCCAAUCCCAGACAGACCUAAUUACUCCAACAAAGAUGUCACCGUCAUCAUUCCGACCAUCGAAGGUGAAGGAGAAAACCUCUGCCGCACGAUAAAGACAUGUUUGGCAACCCAGCCUUUCGAGAUUCUCAUUGUCACAAUCGAUGCAAACAUAAAAAGAGCCGAGAGGACCGCUGCUGCGCUGAACAGCAGCAAGAUCCGCGUAUUGAGUGUUGCGAAAGCCAACAAGCGUAGCCAGAUGUGUGCUGCUAUCCCCCAUGUCAUGACCAAAAUCACCGUCUUCGCAGAUGACGACGUGAUCUGGCCCACAACGCUUCUUGCAUGGAUCCUUGCACCAUUUGAAGACGAUGAGAUGGGUGGAGUGGGAACAUCUCAGAGAUUGAUGCGUCCAAAAAAGAUGACUAUCUGGAGUUUUCUUGGAUCACUCUACCUAGAAAGACGCAACUUUGAUUGCUCUGCAUGUCUUCACAUUGACGGAGGGCUACCUUGUCUUUCGGGCAGGACCGUCGCGUAUCGUACAUGUAUCUUGCAAGACGAUGCUUUUACCCAUGGCUUCACACACGAGACAUGGAGAACUUUCCAACUCAAUGCUGACGACGACAACUUUAUCACUCGUUGGAUGUAUACGCAUGGCUGGAAGAUCACCAUGCAAUAUCACAAAGCGUGUGAAGUACAAACCACUCUCGAAGACAGCCCGAAGUAUCUGAAACAGUGCCUUCGCUGGGUUCGCAGCAAUUGGAGAAGUAACUUGACAAGCAUGUUUGUUGAAAGACAUUACUGGAGAUUAACGCCCUGGACAACAUACGCAGUUUUCCAAACUACACUGACAGCAUGGGCUUUCACGGAUCUGCUGCUCUUUUUUCUCUGCUACAAAGCAACCGAGGAGCUGCCUGCAGACACCCAGCAGACCGUUCUGACUGCGGUCGGUAUUUGGAUUUUCGUAUUUGCAAAGUCGAUCAAGCUAUAUGGCCACUGGAUUCGCUAUCCCGCUGAUCUGCUAUUUUUGCCCAUCUCGAUCCUGUUCGGUCAUGUGCAUGGUUUCAUCAAGCUUGCAGGGUUGAUGACGCUUUCUGCUGUAUGUUGCUUGUUCUUGCGAAACGGCGAUGACAUUACUGACCACCUUGCCUUGCAGACCUCCUGGGGAAGUCGCGAUGGCGCAGACGAAGACAACCAAUACAGAAUGAUCAAACUCCCGCCGUACCACACCGAUGAUCUCGAAGCAUCUCCUCAAAUGGCUUCCAGUUCCGCCACAUCGUUGUCCGGCGCACAGUACCCUCCACCUUACAAAAAGCACGAGCCCAAUGAGACUUGCCCAUUGCAAGGCCACUAUAUCCACGACUUAUGA